AUGUUUGGUGCCGUUCGCCGAUUCGGUGUCUCCCAGGCACUGCGCGCAUCUGCGCCGCGUUCCCUUUCAUCGGGAUUGGCCCCCCAAUUACUCAAAUGGCAGGCCCCGUCUACCUGGUCUCCUGCCCUUGCCCGGCCUUUUCAAACUUCGUUCCCUGCGCUGAGCGCGGCUUCUGCGGAGGCUGCUGAAGCCCCCGCUGCGUCAGAGCAAGAACUGAUCACCGAGUUUGCGGAUUUGCAGAAAAAGGGGUUCGUCGACGCCUCGAUUGUUCAGAACAUCACCAGCACUGCUCGCAUGGGCUUGACAACUAUGACCGAUGUGCAAAGCCAGACCCUCCACCAGAUGCUCCGAGGUGAUGAUGUUCUGGCCCAGGCAAAGACCGGAACCGGCAAGACGCUGGCUUUCCUCGUCCCUACCAUGCAGAACAUCCUCAGUGACCCUACACUCAACACCAAGCAAGACCAUGGUCGUCGCGGGCAGGCCAGUGCUGCCGACAUUCGGGCUCUUAUCAUUUCGCCCACUCGAGAGCUUGCCGAGCAGAUUGCCGUCGAGGCCAUGAAGGUCGCUGCCGGCACGGGACUCAAGGUGCAGACUGCAGUGGGUGGUACACAGAAGAAAGCUGGCUUGCAGAGGAUCCAGCGGAUGGGCUGCCAUUUGCUGGUCGGCACCCCCGGCCGCAUCAAGGACAUCUUCUCGGACCCUUACAGUGGUGUUUCUGCUCCGCGGUUGAACACCCUGAUCCUGGACGAGGCUGAUCGUCUACUGGACCAGGGCUUCGCCCCCGAGGUCCAGGCCAUCCAGGAACUCCUCCCGGAUCCAUUCAAGGUGGACCGCCAGACUGUCAUGUUCUCGGCCACUGUCCCCAAAGAGGUUAUGCAAAUGGUCAAGCGUACUAUGAAGCCGGACUUCAAGUUCGUGAAGACUGUUCGCGAUGAUGAGGUCCCCACCCACUUCAGUGUUCCGCAGAAGACUGUCUUCCUGCGUGGGUACGAGAAUGCCCUGCCCUCGAUCCUCGAGCUCGCCAAGAACUACCAGGCUCGGCAGCAAGCUGAUCCUAACCUGCGGCCAUUCAAGGCAAUUGUCUAUUUCAACUCGACCAGCGAGGUUAACCUUGCGGCCGAGGCUUUCAACAACCUCAAGUCGGAGCCCGGUAACUCCCGAAGCUUUUCCCCCUUGGGUCGCAUGAAGUUGCUAGAGAUCCAUGCCCGUCUCAGCCAGGGGCAGCGCACCAACAGCGCGAGCACCUUCCGCAAGACCCCCGAGGCCAUCCUCUUCUCUUCAGACGUGACCGCUCGUGGCAUGGAUUUCCCCGAUGUUACUCACGUUCUCCAGGUGGGCGUUCCUCGUGACCGCGAGACCUACAUCCACCGACUUGGCCGCACUGCUCGUGCCAACAAGACCGGUGAGGGCUGGGUCUUCCUCCACGACGGAGAGAACGACUACUACUCCGAAAGACUGGGAGAUCUGCCUCUCCACGAAGACAGCCAGUCUCUACCCACCGCCAUGGCGGACAUGUCCAAGGGCACGGAGAACCUCUCUCCUGCUACUGCCUUGACCAUCAGCCAGAUGAAAUCCGCUAUGGAAGAGGUAUCACCUAUCACCCGUGAGAACACAUACCGCUCCCAGCUUGGCACUCUGCUGCAAAGCUUCUCCAGCAAGCGCCACGCUAUUCGCAUCCUGAACAACCUCGCCAUCCACGGCUACGGUCUGCCCGAACCCCCGGCCGUCAGCGCCAACAUUGCCCGCAAUCUCGGUAUUGCCAAGAUCCCAGAGUUGACAAUUGGCCAGUCACAACAUCGCCAUGUCAGCUUUGGUCAGGGAUCACAAUCGUCUGACCGCGUCUUCGGCCGCCGUGGCUCCGACCGUGGUUCGGACCGUGGUGACCGCGGUGACCGUGGCUUCCCCCGUCGUAGCUUUGAUCGCGAUAACCAGGAACGAGGCGGCCGUGGCCGUGGACGCUCCUCUGGCUCCGGCGAACGCUCCACUGGCUUUGGCGAACGCUCCUCCGGCUUUGGCGGACGGCCCCGCUUCUGA